UCUGGGUUAUGGGUGGCAGCAAGGCAUCUUCCACGAGUGAAGUUGGAAACGGCUUACCAAGAUGUGGAUGCAAUGAAACCAUGAAGUUGUUCGUCUCCAAGUCAAUUGAAAACCCCGGUCGCAAAUUUUGGAAAUGCAGGAAUUAUAUGAAUGGGUGCGGUUUAUUUUUGUGGGAUGAUUUGGUCAGUGAGUUUGCAGUGAAAGAAACCAAUCCGUCCGGAUGCCGCCAAUGUGAAGUCAACAAGGCUUAUUUGAUUGAAUUUGCUAAAGAGAUUGUUGAGGAGAUAGAUUGCAGAGUCGGAAAGCUUAACAAGUUAGAAAAACUGAAGAAAAAGAUUGCAAUGGAAAAGAGGAAAAAUUUAUGGUUAAUGUUUGUAAUUGGUCUGUCAUGGAUGUUGAUAGCAGCUAUGGUGCAAAAUCACAGUGCAAUUGAAAUUUCUGCAAAUGCUGUAGGAGGACUAUUUUAG